CUAGGGGCUUCGGAAGGUGCGGCGGGGUUUAGAGUCCUGGACGGGGCUCGCAACGAGCCGGUUCUGCAGACUGACUUUAGAGCGGUCCUUUGGCCUCUCCGGGCCUCAGUUUACCUCUUUCUGCGGACGUGGAGGCCGAGAGAUUGGCGCCUUCCGGAGCGCACUGCCCCCGGCACCGACGAAGUCCCUGUGUUUACAGCUUGCUCGAGUAUCCAGUUCUUCGGGGAGCCCCUAGCCACCUGUACCCCCACAGCGCACCAAGCUAUUGCACAUGUCCUGGGGCCACCGGCUGGGCUUACCCUUAAGGCUCUGAGCCUGUCAUCUGUCAGGCAUUUCCGGAGCAGAGCAGCGCAGAGCAGGUGCACAGCCCCACUUAGUCCUGCUCUUCCUCAGCUAACUGUGGACAUGUGCACAGGGCCCAGCCCUGAAUCCAGAUGAUGUUCGUGCCAGUGGCUUCGGUGAUGGCAGUGACUGAACCAAAAUGGGUCUCGGUCUGGGGCCGUUUCUUGUGGCUGAUGCUGCUGAGCAUGGCGCUGGGGUCGCUGCUGGCCCUGCUGCUGCCACUGGGAGCCAUGGAGGAGCAGUGUUUGGCCAUACUCAAAGGCUUCUACCUGCUCAGGAGCAAAUUAGACAGGGCACAGCAUGCUGUCACCAAGCACACCAGCCCCUCCACAGAGCUCAGCAUCACCUCCAGGGAUGCAGGGCUGCUGGUGGUGAAGACCAAGGCAUCUCCAGCAGGCAAACUGGAAGCCAGAGCAGCUUUGAACCAAGCCCUGGAAAUGAAGCGCCAGGGCAAAAGGGAGAAAGCCCACAAGCUCUUCCUGUACGCACUCAAGAUGGACCCGGACUAUGUGGACGCGCUCAACGAGUUCGGCAUCUUCUCGGAAGAAGACAAGGACAUCAUCCAAGCGGAUUACCUGUACACCAGAGCGCUGACCAUCUCGCCCUUCCAUGAGAAGGCACUGGUCAACCGGGACCGGACGCUGCCGCUCGUGGAGGAGAUCGACCAGAGGUACUUCAGCAUCAUCGACAGCAAGGUGAGGAAGGUGAUGUCCAUCCCCAAGGGGAACUCAGCGCUGCGCAGGGUCUUGGAGGAGACGUACUACCAUCACAUCUACCACACAGUUGCGAUUGAGGGCAAUACCCUCACUCUGUCCGAGAUCAGGCAUAUCCUGGAGACGCGCUACGCCGUGCCGGGCAAGAGCCUGGAGGAGCAGAACGAGGUCAUUGGCAUGCAUGCAGCCAUGAAGUACGUCAAUACCACCCUGGUGUCGCGCAUAGGUUCUGUCACCAUUGGCGACGUGCUGGAGAUCCACAGGAGGGUGCUGGGCUACGUGGAUCCAGUGGAAGCUGGCAGGUUUCGCAUGACCCAGGUCCUGGUAGGACACCACGUCCCUCCCCAUCCCCGGGACGUGGAGAAGCAGAUGCAGGAGUUCAUACAGUGGCUCAACUCUGAGGACGCCAUGAACCUGCACCCGGUGGAGUUUGCGGCCUUGGCGCAUUACAAACUCGUCUACAUCCACCCUUUCAUCGAUGGCAACGGGAGGACCUCGCGCCUGCUCAUGAACCUCAUCCUGAUGCAGGCAGGCUACCCGCCCAUCACCAUCCGCAAGGAGCAGAGAGCUGAGUAUUACCACGUGCUGGAGGUGGCCAAUGAGGGGGACGUGCGGCCUUUCAUCCGCUUCAUCGCCCAGUGCACUGAGACCACCCUGGACACCUUGCUCUUCGCCACGACUGAGUACUCGGUGGCGCUGCCGGAAGCCAACCCCAACCAUUCCGGGUUCAAGGAGACGCUUCCUGUGAAGCCCUAGCCUUGCGCACGCGCUCUGUGCAACAAGAGAAGCCAGGCAGACGGGCUCAGAGAAGCUUAACAGUUCUAGAAACCUAAUCAUCUCCAAAGGCAGAAGGAAACCUUUAAACAUUCUUUACCUCCAAGAAAUGUUUUAGUUAAAAAAAAAGAAAAAAAAACUAAAUUAUUAA